AUGGCUGCAGCAGCAGCAGCAAGAGAUGGGGGAGUUGCUGCUGCUGCUGCUGCAGACAGCCAAAAUGGUAACUUGCUGCUACUGCCACCGCAGCAGCAGCAAAUACUGCAGCAGCAGCAGCAUCCACUGUAUACAGAACGUAGCAAGCAGCUGCUGCGUCUGCUGCGUCUUCGUGUAUCUCUGCAUGCAGCAGCAGCAACAACAGCAGCAGCAGCAACAAUAGAUGAAGGAUUUGCUCUUACUGAGCUGCUGCCUGCAUCUGCUGCUUAUAGAUCUUUGCUGCUGCGGCGCUGCUGCAGCGGCCUGCUGCAGGAGCUGCAGCAGCCGCAGCAGUUUGCUGCUGCGCUGCUGCUGCUUAGUCGCUUAGGUGUAGGUCAUGGAUCUUCUGCACGGUUUGCUGCUGCUGCUGCUGCUGCUCGCUUCUUGCAUGCACUGCAGCCGCAGCAGUUUGCUGCUAUGCUGCUGCAGCUACCAUUCGCUAAUACUCUUGCUGCUGUUGUUGCAGCAAAUAAAACAGCAAAAGCUGCUGCUGCUUCUGCUGCUGUACAGCUAGCAUCCGCUGUACUGCAGCAGCAAGUGCUGCAGCUGCAGCAGCAACAGCAGCAGCAGCAGCAGCACCGUGAGCUGCUCUUGUGCGGAUCAACUACAACCCUACCUGCCCUGACGAAUCCAACAGCAGCAGCAACAACAGCAGCAGCAACAGCAGCAGCAGCAGAUAGCACCACUCCUCUUACAAGGCCAAGAGCAGCAGCAGCAGCAACAACAACAACAGCAGCAGCAACAGCAGGGAAUGAGACUGUUGCUGCUGCUGAUGUUGUUGUGUCUUUGCUGCAUACACUGCGUCUUGUUGGUUUCUGUCGCUUUGUGCCUGAGGCUGUUGCUGCUUGCUGCGCUGCUGCUGCUGCACCUGCUGCUGCUGCAGUUGCUGCUGCACCAGCAGCAGCAGCAGGAGCAGCAAGAGGGAGGGGACUUGCUGCUCUCUCCUUACCGCAGCUAACAGUUAUAACACAAUGUAUAGCAGCAACAAACAGCAUAACGCCGCAGCAGCUGCUUGCUGCUGUGCUGCAGCGGCUGCGGGCAUCAGGAGGUGCAGCAGCAGCAGCAGCAAUUGCUGUUCUUGCUAAGGCUGCUGCAGCAGAACUAGCACCCUAUAACACCAAACGCAUGCAAGAUGCUGCUGCAGCAGCAACAGCAGCAGCAGCAGCUGCUGCUGCUGCUUCCCCUGUGCUCGACGUAGCACACCGCUCCUGGUCUUCAGCAGCAGAAGCAGCAGCAGCAGAAGCAGCAGGAGAAGCAGCAGGAGGAGCAGCAGCAAGACAAUUACCUCCUGCUGCAGCAGACCAUAGCUCUUCUCAUCUGCAACCCGCAGCAACAGCAGCAGAAGCAGCAGCUGCUGCUGGUGCUGCUGCUGCUGGAGACACUGGGGAUCCAGGAGGAGCAGCAGGUGGUGCUGCUGGUGUUGCUGCCACUGCGGAGCAAUUGUUGCUGCUGCUGCUGCAGCUAGCAGCAAGGACAGAGCUAACAGCAGCAGAAGCUGUUGAUAUCCUGUGGGCUGCUGCUGCUGCUGGUGACCCAGCAGCAGCAGCAGCAGCAGCAGAAGCAGACCUCAUCCGUAGGACCGCGAAGCUAUGUAUACCAGAGCUGCAGCAACUGCAGCAGCAGCAGCAACUGCAGCAGCAACUGCAGCAGCAGCAGCAGCUGCCGGCUUCACCGCUUGAGCAGUUUGAGCAACACCUUAUACAACAAGAAGAAGCUGAACAGCAGCAGCAGCAGCAGCAGCUGGAGCAGCAGCAGCAGCAGCAGCUAGAGCAGCAGGAGCUGUCGCCUGUAGCAGCAGCAAUUGAUUACCUGGGAAUUGACCGCGAUAGUCCCCUGGGGCAGCAACUUGCUGCUGCAGCAGCAGCAACAGCAGCAGCAGACACAGCAGCAGCAGCAGACACAGCAGCAGACACAUCUGACGAGUUGCUUGCCCCAGCAGCAGCAGCAGCAGCAGCAGCAGAAGCAGAAGCAGCAACUGCAUCACCAGCAGCAGAAGCAGUGGUAGCAGCACCAACACCAGUCGGACAAGCAGCAGCAGCAGCAGCACCAGCAGCAGAAACACCAGCAGCAACUGCAGCAGCAGCAGCAGCAGCAGCAGGAGAUCCACUGUAUUAUAUGUUAGCUCGUCGUCCUUUGUUAGGAGGUGCCGAGACACUACAGAGAGCAGCAGAUGCAGCAAUACUCUCAGACCUACAAAUGAUUUUCUCCGGCUCCCGAAGGACUUCGCGCAAACACUUGGAGGUUUGUCUUUCCUUUGGGCGUUUGCUGCGUCUCCUUCCUGUCUCUUCCUUCUUCCGAGCAGCAGCAGCAGCAGCAGCAGCAAACCCAACAGCAGCAGCAGCAGCAGCAGCAGGAGGGCGUCCUUGCCCGUGGGUGGUGACAGACUCGUCUCCUUCCCCAUACUUGAGCAGCAGCAACAACAGCAGCAGCAGCAGCAACAGCAGCAGCAGCAGCAGCAGCAGAUUUGAUUGCCUAGAGACAGGAGGGUUCUGUUUGCUGCCAGCAGCAGGAGCUGAGGAUACACCCGAUUGGGGCAGCAAACAGUGGGGUAUUGGUUUGCUGCUGCUGCAGGAGGAUAAAGAUUUAUCUUUUUCUCCUUUUCUGCUGCUGCAGCGGCGUAUUCAUGAUCUUGCUGCUGCAGAUCCUGCUGCUGCUGCUGCUGCUGCAGAAGCAGCAGCAGCAACAGAUCCGGCUGCUGCAGCAGAUACUGCUGCUGCUACACCACGGAGAAGGUCACGACAGCAGCAGCAGCAGCAGCGGCUGCUAACCGAACUCUUCCGUCUGCAGCACACGCUGCAGCAGCAACAAGAGCUGCAGCAGCAGCAACAGCAGCAGCAGCAGCAGCAGCAAUUUAGGCUGAAGCCUGGGGUGUCUAUACGUCAGAGAUUAUUGACGGAUUUACUUGGAUGGAAAAUCAUCUCCCUUAAUGCUAAUAAGGCUGCUGCUCUCCUACUGCCUGAGGCGGAGCCGCUGCUGCUGCAGCGGCUUGCUGCAGCAGCAAGAGCAGCGCCACUUCCUCCUAUAUUAACAGCAGCAGCAGCAGCAUUAGAAGCAGCAGCAGCAGGAGGACGAGGAGCAGCAGCAGCAGCAGGAGCUACCUGGGCAACUGCAGCAAAUAGAGAAGCAAUUAGAGCAGCAGCAGCAAUUCAACUGCAGCGGGAGUUGGCGUUAGUCCUGUCUUAA